UACGUAGGAGGUACCUAUCAGUAGGAUCUAGGCAAGAAAAUUAUCCAAGGUUUUCAUCACUUCGAGUUCAUCCCUGCGAUUAGAUAACACUUCAAAAUGCACAUAUCGAAAGGAAUAUAUAUUUUGAUUUUAUUCGCAACGUUCAACGUAAUGAUUAAUUCUGCUGAUGGGGAUUCGAAAACUGUGAAACCUGAAACGGCUACAAAAGAAGACGUCGACUCGUUAAUUCCAAUCACAUAUACGAAAGCAUUACCUGUAGUUUUAAUAAAAACAAACCAACGUCUACAAAUGCGCCCAGUUGUGGGUUUAAAGAGCGCCGAAAUCAAAGACGGAAGAUUUGUACACGGGACAGAGUUCUAUACAAUGGCCCAACCACCAACUACUCAAAUUUUUUACUGCCCAGAUCCAAAACAACAUAAUACAUGUUUAUCGCCAAAAGAAUUCACAGAAUCGCAAGAAUUACAAUGCAAUAACGAGCAAAUACCCGUGAUUGAGGAGAAUUCUACGGGUAUUUUUCGAUCAAAGCAGUGUGGUCCGGAAGGAUCUGGUAUCCUGUUGAAAUUUGUGUACAAGAUGUGCGAUAUCGAUGAAUCUGUUGCCAUAAUCCCAACAUCAAGUCUACAGAUUUACUCAUUUUGCUACAAUAGAUCUUCAAAGACGGUUCUGUACGUCGAUCAUUACAUAAAUUCUGUAAAUCUGCUUUCUGAAAAAUUAUUGUACAGAGAACGAGCAAUCGAAUUUGAGCGAAGCAAAGAAACAUACUACGACUUUAUCGAUGAAGAUUAUUACACCAUGUUGGAUAAAGCUGCAGCUAAAUUCGAAUCUCAAUAUAAAUUUCAAAAAUUGGUACCAACUGAAAACAUGGCAUUUGCUACAUGGAGAAGGCCCACAAAUCAUUACGUAAACUUUGCGCUGCAACAUAAAAAACUAUUCGAUUUAUGGAAUAAAAUCAAUAUCUACAUCAGAAUGCAUGCCAUACAAUACACUCAUCAACACGAAACGAUUGAGUACUUCAUUCAACCUCGCAGCUUAAUGACCGGAGUCUUCGAUAUCCCCGACAAUAAAGAGUUCAUCAUUCCUGAUGAGGAAAAAAAUCAAAUUCCAAAAGUUUGGAUCACAGUGGUGACUGAUAACAGGCAAGUACGACCUUACAAGGGAUUAGCUAUCCUCAUGAAUAAUUUCGUAGAAGAGGAAACUACUCAGCCGAAGCAAACCGAUGAAACUUCGACCUCAAAACAACAGUUCAUUGAUCGAAUCUGCGGAAUGGAUUAUUGCGACAUCACAUUGACGAAAAAGUUUAGUCGAAUUGGAGGACAAGUACGAUGUUGUGAAUUAACUAAAGAAAUUAUGCUCUUAUUUGCUAAAAAUGAAUCUGUGAUUAAACCGAUGGAAGAAGUAUUGCAUAUUAAUGGUAUAACUUAUUACGAAGAUCUGCAUGAGGAUGAUGAUGACGAGGGUGUUUAGAACUUCCAUUCUAAAAAAAAUAAUGUUAUACAUAGUAACUUGGAUAUUUUUGAACAGUUCUAUUAAUAAUUAUAUAAGUACCUAUAAUAUUUAAUUACUUUAAAGUUUAUUUUUGAAAAUGACAAAUAAAACGAACUUCAUAAGUGGGUACCUGCAUUAAGGGUGGAUCGUGAAAAAAAAUGGCCGAGUAUUUUGACCAAAUUUAGUGAAGACCUUUACUGUUUACAUAUUUUAAGUUUAGGCCAGACCUUGGUAAUCAAGAGGGGGUAUUUUUGAGAAAAAAAAUCGUACUUUUCUGGCUCUAGCCUCUACCUUGUUUAAGGAAAAAUUUCUGAAACUGAAGAGAUAUUUUAAAACGCAGCUGUGCCAAUUUUUAGGGCAUUAUUUCCAAUUUCAAAAUAUUGAUAAACAUACCAAAAACUUAUCAAAUUUUUUCAGUUUUUUGAAGGCAAGGAAAAAAUUGCAAUUUUGUUUAUUUUAUUUAAAAAGUAGGUAUAUUUUUUUUUGUAAAAUUUUACGAAAUUCCAGAUAUUUUUAUAUAUGUACUUGAAUACAACAUCUUGAGACCUUAAAUAAAUUUUGAAAAAUUAUCAAAAAUAUAAGUGUAGGUAGCACUGACCCUUAGGGUACCCUUAAAAUGCAAAAGUAAAUAUUUUUUCGGUCUGACCCCCUAAAUUUUUUAAUUAUAUCAUAAAAUUCUCGAAUACAAAAUUUUAGCCCAUUUGGAGGUCAUUAACCCGUGCCGAAUUGGCCUAGAAUGUUUAAAUGGGAUUUUUAACAUAGGUUUUUAAGUGAAAAUUGCAUUUAAAUUCCUCUUAAGCGCCUAAAAAAUAAUUCCGAGGGUUUUUUACAAGAAAAUGCUACAAAAGCAUGUCA